GGUUAACGGUCUCUCGCAAGUCUCGCUAGCUUACUUAAAGCGUUGGCCAGGAGCCGAGGGACGGGACAGCCGCGUCGGAGCCGUCGUCAAAAUGUCGGGUUACCAGGGAAAGAAGAACAUCCCGCGGAUCACAAGUGACCGUCUCCUAAUUAAAGGGGCGAAGAUUGUGAAUGAUGAUCAGUCAUUCCUGGCUGACAUUUACAUGGAGGAUGGAGUCAUCAAACAAAUAGGAGAAAACCUAAUUGUUCCUGGUGGAGUGAAGAUCAUCGAGGCCCUUGGGAAAAUGGUGAUGCCAGGGGGUAUUGAUGUGCACACCCGCUUUCAGAUGCCUGACCGAGGUAUGGUAGCAGCAGAUGACUUCUACCAGGGCACGCGGGCUGCACUGGCUGGUGGAACAACCAUGAUCAUUGACCAUGUUGUACCGGAGCCUGGCGUUAGUUUGAUUGCUGCUUUCAAUCAGUGGAGGGAGUGGGCUGACAGCAAGUCCUGCUGUGACUAUUCUCUGCAUGUGGAUGUCACUGAGUGGCACAAGGGCAUUCAAGAAGAGAUGGAGAGCCUGGUGAAAGACCAUGGUGUCAACUCUUUCCUGGUCUAUUUGGCUUAUAAGGAUCUUUUCCAACUUUCUGACUCUCAGAUGUAUGAAGUAUUUAGUGUCAUCAGAGACCUGGGAGCCAUUGCACAAGUGCAUGCUGAGAAUGGAGAUAUCAUUGCUGAGGAGCAGCGCCGCAUUCUGGAGCUUGGUAUCACUGGGCCUGAGGGUCAUGUGCUCAGCCGUCCAGAGGAGGUGGAAGCAGAGGCAGUCAAUCGUUCUGUCACUGUAGCCAAUCAGACCAACUGUCCCCUCUACAUCACCAAGGUGAUGAGCAAGAGUGCUGCUGAUGUCAUUGCCCUUGCCAGGAAAAAGGGUGCUGUGGUUUAUGGAGAGCCCAUAUCUGCCAGCCUGGGUACAGAUGGCACCCACUACUGGAGCAAGAACUGGGCCAAGGCUGCAGCAUAUAUCACCUCUCCACCACUGAGUCCUGACCCCACCACCCCUGACUAUCUCAACUCUCUUCUCUCCUGUGGGGAUCUGCAGGUUACCGGCAGUGCUCACUGUACUUUCAACACCUCUCAGCGUGCAGUUGGCAAAGACAACUUCACCCUAAUCCCAGAGGGCACCAAUGGUACUGAAGAAAGGAUGUCCCUUAUCUGGGACAAAUGUGUGGUGACUGGAAAGAUGGAUGAGAACCAGUUCGUGGCAGUGGCAAGCACCAAUGCAGCCAAGAUCUUUAACCUGUACCCCCGUAAGGGUCGUAUUGCUGUGGGCUCCGAUGCUGACCUUGUGCUGUGGGACCCAGAUCUCACCAAAAUCAUUUCAGCUAAGAGCCACAACCUGGCUGUGGAGUAUAACAUCUUUGAGGGCAUCGAGGUUCGCGGAGGUCCUCUGGUGGUGAUCAGCCAGGGCAAGAUUGUGCUGGAGGACGGAAACCUGCACACCACUGAGGGCUGUGGACGCUACAUCAGUCGCAAGCCCUUCCCAGACUAUGUGUAUAAGAGGAUAAAGGCCCGCAGUAAGUUGACAGAGUUACGGGGAGUUCCAAGGGGCCAAUAUGAUGGGCCGGUGUGUGAGGUGACUGUGACCCCUAAGGUGAUGUCCACAGUCUCAUCAGUGAAGACCUCCCCCAUCAAGCAGCAGGAGCAACAGCAGCAUGCUUCCCAGCCAGUGCGCAAUCUCCACCAGUCUGGAUUUAGUCUGUCUGGUGCUCAGAUUGACGACAAUGUUCCUCGCCGUACCACCCAGCGCAUCGUCGCCCCUCCGGGUGGGAAAGCCAACAUUACCAGCCUUGGCUAAGUGUUCCUUUUUACUGAGCCAGGGUGCAGGGCAAAAUGGGACCAGAAGCCAGUUUCAACACUAUUACAUCUUACUAUCCGAUCCUUUACGACAGCUUCUAUUGCUCCGACUCCCUGCGCCCCACCCCGCAACACUAUCUGUUCUGAUGCAGAAAUUGCUUUGUCACCUCAUGCAACAACAAAAGCACUAUUCCAUUAUUUUACUCUUCCUUUCUGCCAUAUUCCAUUUCCAUUUUCAAGGAAGAGUCAAGUGAAUUGAGACAGCUGUUUUAUAGUUGUUUAACGUCCUUAUCAAUUUGACUGUUGAUGAAAUUGUGUUGUUUACAUUUGUUUACAUUUGAAGUAGUGUACAGCUUGUUCUGUCAGUUUGGCCUUCUUUGUCAAAAACAAAUCAAGACACAAGUCCAAGAAGUUAUGAAUCAUAGGAGCAGGCGUUUUUUAUGAUUUUUUGCUUUUUGUUGUUUUUAAUUUCAAGGGCAUUGGAUGGGAUAUGCUUGUGGUGAUAAAUUGCAAUUUUCAAUUGAAAGUACUGUGAUUUUUUUCUUUUCUUUUGGGCUGUAGAAUUUUGCUGCUGGGAUUCAGUCAGUUUGCAGUAUCUGACUUGUGUUAGUCUUACAGUAUGAUUUGUUUAUGCUACCAUACGUUAGACUGAGCAAUUCACUUCAAUCUUCCUUUUCUCUCAUAGUUGCACUUUUUUUCCUUUUUUUUUUCUUUUUUUGUUUAAACUUUGUGAUGUUACAUUUUCUAUCAUUGGGGAAAAAGAAUAACAUUUAGCCUCAUUAUAACACUAGCUCUGAGAUAUGAAGUUAGAAUGCACUGACAGCACUGAAAGGGACUGAAAAGGUAAACCAUUCAACUCCGCCCUUGUAAUAUAGGGAAUUUCCAUGACAAAAGAUGGCACUUUUUUUUUUAAACAUUAACCUUUUACUUCAUUUGAUUUCCUUUUUUCUACUGUAGUUUGAUAGACAAGCUUCCAAUAAUCGCACUGCUGUUUAUUGAUUAUAAUACACAUAUUAUGGAGCUGGAACGGAGUUUGCCAAAAACAUCUCUGCACCUGGUGCUAUACGACCGUUGCUGUGUACUUGCAGAUGGUGAUAUAUUUUCUCCUAUCUCCACUUCAGCACAGCAAUUGUAAAGCUUUGUAAAAAAAAAAAUGAAGAAAAAAAAAACCACACACACACAACAUAGCAGGGACAGGGCACCACCCCUCACCCCACCCCCACUUUCAUCAGAAUUGGUCUUGUUAUGCACCGAUAACAAUCCAAGAUGGUGACCGCGUAUUGGAGGCCAUUUUGUUUUGGAUGUGUCCGUAUUGGUAUGUUUAGACUAUUCGUUAUGCACAACUAUUUUGCCUGCCUAUUCUAUAAGAUAUUGAUAGCACACUGCAGCCCAUGCAUCUAUGAAGGUUCUUUAAAGACGUGUAACCUGAUGAAAAGUGCUUCUCUAUGUAUAUGAACUCCAUCACGGUGUGCUGAUGAUGUGUCCGUUGUUCCCAGUCAUAUAUGGUCCUUAGACUAGCGCCUCCUUUUUAAGUCCUGUUAGUGUUGUGGAAGAAACGCGGAUCUUAAAUUCUCCGCCCUGCGCCCCUCCUAUCGAUCUUAACGUUGUUCACACCAGUUUUAUCAAGCGUCCGUGGCAAAUGUGUUCCAACCCGCAUCCGGUCGUCAGUGACGCAGCACGGUGGCCAGUGUUUGCCUGCUCUUGUAAAUCGUUGGGAUUAUUUCGCCAUCGCCCCUUCCGAGCAUUGGUUUGUAUGCCACGUUUUAAUGUGACGUGAAUUGCAGUUAGGGAGGUUUUCUUGAUGAUGAUCUUUGAGUUGUGAUGUUGAGCACCGUUGUUAACCCUCUACCGACUAAUGUUAUACUCCUUACGAUGUAUGUUUUGUAGGCUGCCAGGAUUUGGGAGAAGUCAGAGGUCCUGACGGCAUUAAAUCCUAUCAGUGUUAACCCCAGUGGAUUAAAACAAUAAAAAUUAAUCAAGUUG